AGAUCCUUUUUGGCUUUUGGCGGCCAUUCGUUUUCACGUUUGUUCCCUAGCUAUUCCUCAAUAACACUUUGUUUACUUCAUUAUUGUCCAAGUGAACAACGAUGGCUGCAUCCAGGACGGAUCUCUUGGCCUGGCUUAACGAGCUUUUGCAGCUUAAUUACACCAAAAUCGAGCAAUGCGGUUCUGGCGCUGCAUACUGUCAAAUAUUGGACUCGGUUUAUGGUGACUUGCCCAUGGCGCGAGUGAAGAUGAACGCAAAACACGAGUACGAAUUCAUCGCUAACUUCAAGGUCUUGCAGAAUGCUUUCAAAGCGAAGAAGAUCGACAAGCCUAUACCCAUCGAGAAGCUCGUCAAAUGCAAGAUGCAAGACAACCUAGAGUUUUUGCAAUGGAUGAAACGUUUCUGGGAUUCCAACUUUGGCGGACAAGGCUACGAUGCCGUUGGUCGAAGGCGGGGCGCCCCCACUGAUACCCCUGCAACGAUGGCCCCGGUUGUUUCCUCGCGAACCGCCGCUGGUCUAGGCGUUGGUAGUGGUAGAGCAGGUGGAAAGACACCUAUUGGUGGCCACAGAGCAGGAUCCGCUCAGCCCAACGAGGCUAUCCAGAAUCUGCAAGCACAGCUACGCGAAAUGUCAACUCAUAUGGAGGGACUCGAGAAGGAACGUGAUUUCUAUUUCGCCAAGCUACGGGACAUCGAGAUCCUUGUCCAGCAGCAGAUAGAGGUCUUGGAAUCGGAUGGAAAAGAUGACGAGACGUUGCGUGAAAUUCAGAAAAUUCUAUAUUCAACAGAGGAUGGCUUUGAAGUGCCAGAGGCUGGUGUUCCCGUCGACGAAGAAGAAACUUUUUAGUUUUGUAGUAUUAUUCCACAUCGCCAAAUAUUAUUUUAGCAUAUAUGCUACCUCUCGAUUUGUUUUUCCCCCUAGGUUCAUGGCAUACCUCUACACUUCAAACUCGUUCACCGUCUUUUGUUUUUGAGAAGACUUGUUCUAACUCGCCCUCUAGUCGCUCAUUUAAUUUUUCCCCAUCUCGAAUGCAUCCUUUAGAUUCCCCAUUAAUCCUGUCGUGAAAUGAUAUCUAUUCGUUGUGUUCCUACUGCAAGAAUUUAUGUGAAUGCUAGGAAGGGAAUCGAUGUGUGAUGUCGUUAUCUGUCAUAAUAAUAGAAUACGAUGCAAUGCCAUGAAAAAGAUAAAAUAAAAAUACAAAUAAAUGUGCCAUCGCACUGCAGUGGUGAAAAGUCCAGUCUGCUCAUAUACGAGCCAAUAUUCUUGAUUCUUGCGCCAUUUUGGAACCAAGGAUGAGCAACGAUCCAAUGAUCAUGGAUGUCCCAGAAAGAGCAAUAGCACCAACGUAAGACUCGUGUUCGCGAGUCAGCAAAGCUCCA